AUGUCCCAGUCCAAUACCCUCCCAAUCCACACUGCGCCGUCGCAGACGGCAUUCCGUACCCCAUCUCCUCCAGGCCGUCCAGGAAGCCCCAAUACGAAUGCAAGCCCCGGCCAAGGAGUAAUCAAUAGACGAAGUCCAUACCAGCUGGAUCCGGCUCAGGCAGAAAGCGACCGUGGCUACGAUGGAAUCAUCACCGCCCUAGAACAGGUCACUUCAAGCACAACCCUAACAGUCAAGUUCGAGGGGGCUUUUCACAAGGAUAAAUUAGGCGCUCCCGUCAUUAAGGGGCAGACUAUGUCUUUUAGUAAAGCUAACGCCGAGAUUGUGAUGAAAAGCGUGCUUGAAACGCGCAGACUCAUUGCACGAAUCAUCAAGAUUGCAAACAAGUUCGAUCCCAGUGGACCUGAGCUCGAAAAGGUUCGCUCGAUUGAUGAAUACCUUCGAUGCACGAUAAAUCUACAUCACAUGCUGUCAGAAGAAGCGCUCAAGAUGACAAGAUGCCUCCAGGAGGUAAAGGAUCACCGACAAAAAAUGGACAAUAAACAAUUAGCUGAUGUUCGGGAACAUGUUCGGUCCAGUAUGCGACUAGGGAUGACGCCAAUGGCGAGCUCAUCCUUCCUACCCAUGGUCAACACCAGCGGAGGGUAUUUCCGGUUGCUUGACGGCCAUUUCAAACAUCACGUAAGGCUGAUGCAGCAUGCACAAAUAUGGCGAAACGAGGUCGUCAAUGCUGCCAAAGACGGUACGCCUAUGAACACAAUGUUAAAUCUAUUCACCUUGAAGACGGCAGCAAACUGCCUGGGAUUGACUGGGAUCGGGAACACGUUCGAGAAGAGAAAGCAACUCCGAAAGCAGGCAAUCAAGUAUUACGACAUUCGAACAAGGCUCGGCGGUGAUGACAACGAACACGCACCAGAUCAGCGCUCCAGUGUUGAAGGGUUGACCAUCACCGACCCGGACAACUUGGCAAGCCAAGGGGAGGGGCCACCAGAUGAGGCGUUUUGGUGCCCAAUUCUCAAACGCUACUUCGAGCCAUGUUGGAUCAGAACAGCACACAUCAUCCCAGCAAAAACGCCGGAGAUGAUCCUCAUACGGACCUUCGGAGAAGUAAACGCUGCAGGUCUUUUGAAUUCGAACCGCAACCUACUAUGUAUCCAUAAACGUCUCGAAAUAGCGUUUGAUAAGGGCCAAAUUACCAUUGUUCCAGUGGCACCACGAUCCUCACAUUCAGAGGGGCCAACCGAGUUCCGAGUCUUCUUCAUUGACCGCUCGCUGGUCUACUCACAUUCAAUUGCUCUUACUAUUGUCGCUACGAGAGAGAACAUUUACUGGUCUGAUAUCGCAAAAGACCCGGUGUUACAGUUCAAGAACGACAAUCGACCAGGCCAACGGAAUCUAUUUUGGCAUUUCAUCACCAGUUUGACCAAGGCAAAGAAGGGAAGCUUUGUUGGUCUUGCCGAUGCCCUGGAGGAGAUUGAUAGAAAAGAGGUAUGGCAUCUACCUCAGCCAGCGCCCUGGAUCGAGAAGGGAAUCUUGAAAAGUAUGGCCGAGCAAUACCUCAUGCCGCAAAUCUUCAUUGAGUCCGCGACGUUCAAGACAAACGCAAAGAAGCUCCACAAGAUGGAGGACGAUUUGGCAGGCCUUGCUGUAUUCAAGCUUUCAUCGCCUAAAAUCAGGUCGAUCUUCGGGGAUGAGUACGACGCUGAUGAUGUGGCGGAAGGAAUGCCCCCUAACUUCGGCGUGGACGAGUACUACUCGCCUCAGAAUUUGCUUCCGUUGGCUGAAAAUCCUCUCCCAACACAUUGGGAGCGUGAUGGUUCUCCCACGCCAGGGGCUCGUCUGGCUGACACGAUCAAAAGAAGGGCCUCAGAUGCUCUCUCGACCACGGCACGGAUGGCCUCAAAAUCAUAUGGUAGAGUCGUCAGUCUCUCUCUGCGUCCUCGCAAGAAACGAGGCUAG